AUGAAGCCGUGGCGCACGGAGACGGGGGGCGUGAUGUUUGGCGGGUGGGCCCGGAUGGCCAUCGGGAUCGACUCGUUCACUGUCAUCGAAGUGCGGAAACCGAAUUUGGGUGAAAAGCAUCCCUCGAGAGUGAGGGCCGACAUUGUGGUCAAUCUGAACGUCCGAAAAGAGGUGAAGUGCGAGUGGGAGUCACUCCGGCGACACGACGUGUGCUUUUUGGUGACCGUACGGCCCGCGUGUCCGCCCGGAACGCCCUAUAAAUACAAGGAGCCAUUCGUACCGCAAGUGGGCCUGACGUAUGUGAGGGGCUGCGAGAUCGAGGGUAUGCUCGACCCUCAGGGCAAGAUCCUGGACGAGACGUCGCUCGACAAACCCUUCUAUAACACCGACUUCCGGACGUUAAGGGUUUGGUUGGAUUGCAAUCAAUACAAGGAGGACAUGGAUAGGACUGCCGGAGAGAGCGAUGAAGACAUUUACGACACGUUCAACAUUAUCGUGAGACGUAAGCCCAAAGAAAACAACUUUAAGGCCGUGUUGGAGACCAUUCGCGACCUAAUGAACACCGAAUGCGUGGUUCCCGAGUGGCUCCAGGAGGUGGUGCUCGGCUUCGGCGACCCGUCCGCCGCUCACUACACGAAUAUGGCGUCAAAACUGUCGAGUAUUGACUUUUGCGACACUUUUGUCGAUUACCAGCACUUGAAGGACUCGUUCGUCGGUUACGACAUUCGCACAGACGCUAAGGAGUCGUCGCAAUUGGUUCCGCCGUUUAAGAUAGAGUUCGCCGACGAGGAAGAGGUGGACGACAAGAGCGACGCCGAGAAGGGGACGAAAAAGUCGCUGACAGUCGCGCCAUACGUGUUGCCCAACAGAGGCCCGUAUCUCGUGGAACAGCCCAAAAAGAAUACGGCGCUGAACGCCCUGUUCGAGAAGAUAAUGGCGCUCGACAUCGAUGAGCGCCAUCUGCUUCGCUUAGGACACGGCGAGGAGUCGCUGGAGACCGACAAAGACUUCAGUCGCUACGGGCGCGUGAACUACGUGUUGGCCAAACGCAUCGAUCUGCUCAACAAAGUGCAACAUUUGGGCCACAGUCUGGGCGUCGAGUCAGACGUGGGCUACACGUGCGAGACGGCCGGCUAUUUCUACUUAUACCACGUGCUGUCCCGUUGGGAACGGUAUAUGACUAAAGUGUCGGCCGAUCGCAGUGUGGAGACGAUUGAGAAGCGGUUUCCGUUUCGCGAGUUCUUCGCCGACGCCCCGCAGCCGCUGUUUACGGGCCAGUCGUUCGACGAGGACCUGGAGGUCGCCAGAGGUUGCUAUCGGUAUAUCCGGAAGAUCUUCACCCAAUUGGAUGAGUUCAAGGCGUUCGAGAUGUUGCGGUCGGGUCUCGACCGAAGCCAUUACCUGUUGGUGAGGGAGGCGAAGAUCAUAGCCAUGACCUGUACUCACGCGGCGCUCAAGAGGAAGGAGUUGGUGUCCGUGGGCUUCCAGUACGACAACAUACUGAUGGAGGAGUCGGCGCAGAUCCUGGAGAUCGAGACGUUCAUACCGUUGCUGCUCCAGAACCCGGAGAACGGCCACAAUCGGCUCAAGAGGUGGAUAAUGAUCGGCGAUCACCACCAGUUGCCACCAGUCAUCAAGAACAUCACGUUCCAGAAGUUCUCGAAUAUGGAGCAGUCGCUGUUCACGAGGUUCGUCCGGUUAGGCGUUCCCACAAUCGAUUUGGACGCUCAGGGCAGGGCCCGGCCCUCCCUCUGCGCGCUGUAUAAGUGGAGGUAUAAGAAUUUGGGUGAUUUGGCGCACGUGUCCACCCUUCCCGAGUACCAGUUCGCCAACUCGGGUUUUCGUUUUGAUUAUCAACUCAUUAAUGUUGACGACUAUAACGGUGUGGGCGAGUCAGAGCCCGUCCCCUAUUUCUAUCAGAACUUAGCGGAGGCCGAGUACGUUGUGGCGACUUUCAUGUAUAUGCGACUCAUGGGCUACCCGUCCGAUAAGAUAACAAUACUGACCACAUAUAACGGCCAGAAGCACCUGAUCCGCGAUGUGGUGAAGCAACGGUGCGCUACCAAUCCGUUCAUAGGAUUCCCAGCGAUGGUUAAUCACCACCGGGAUAGCUCCCGGGCCAAUCCGGAGAUACUGUUCGCUCGGGUGUCGCUCUUCCAGAACUGUUACGAACUCUCGAAUGCUUUCAAACUUCUGAUGCAAAGGCCGCAGACUCUGCAUCUGAUCCCCGCCGAAGAGUAUCUGCAGAGUAGCCGUAAGAUCGGUGACAUCACCACAGAUGACAAGACACUUGUGGUCGAGAAUAUGCCACAAAUGGUUGCAUUCGUGUAUCAGUUCUAUCAGCAAAAGAUCGACGAAUGGAAGACAAGUAAACCCGAAGUAUUCGAGCGAUUGGUCGACAAAUCCAGUGAUAAUACGGCCGCAGAGGACACGGACUCUAAGACUGUCGACGAGACCGCCGGCGAUGAAGGUAUGGGUGAAGAGAAUGACGGCGAAGACGACGACGAAGGAGAAGAAGAGUUGGCGUUCGAGAAGUUGACUGAAGACGACACCGGCGCUGAAGACAUCGCUGUCGACAUUGAAGUGACGGCCGAUCAGUGA